AUGGCCUUCCUUGGCUGUGGUCUAGUGACGCAGUGCAAAGACUGUGCAGCCUUCCUUAGCUGUUGUCUAGUGACGCAGUACAAAGAUUGUGGAGCCUUCCUUAGCUGUUGUCUAUUGACGCAGUACAAAGAAUGUGGGGCCUUCCUUAGCUGUGAUCUAGUGACGCAGUGCAAAGAUUGUGGAGCCUUCCUUAGCUGUGGUCUAGUGUCGCAGUACAAAGAUUGUGGAGCCUUCCUUAGCUGUGGUCUAGUGACGCAGUACAAAGAUUGUGGAGUCUUCCUUAGCUGUGGUCUAGUGACGCAGUACAAAGAUUGUGGAGCCUUCCUUAGCUGUGGUCUAGUGACGCAGUGCAAAGACUGUGGAGCCUUCCUUAGCUGUUGUCUAGUGACGCAGUACAAAGAUUGUGGAGCCUUCCUUAGCUGUGGUCUAGUGACGCAGUGCAAAGACUGUGGAGCCUUCCUUAGCUGUUGUCUAGUGACGCAGUACAAAGAUUGUGGAGCCUUCCUUAGCUGUGGUCUAGUGACGCAGUGCAAAGACUGUGGAGCCUUCCUUAGCUGUUGUCUAGUGACGCAGUACAAAGANGAAUAA